AUUUAGCAACCAGGUUAGUUUCUAGUCGUGCUUUGAAGAAGUUGCAGCAGCAAGAUUGGCUCUAGUGAUUGUUUGUACGAGAAGAUGAAGAGACAAAAAUCGAUCAGGUUUAAAAUCUAACCGCCGCUCGGUAAUUGAGGAAAACCACCGGAGUCGCGUCACCGCCUUCUGGUGUAAAACUCUAACUAGCACCGAUCUGCAUGCAAUCGCAAGCAUCGGGACCUCCCGUCUUCUUCGUCCACCCACCUUGAUUCGACCUCUGGAGAAAAAACCCUGUACCAUGGUUGUCCAAUUGCGUGGUUUUCCGCAAGCAUCGAGGCCGCCGCCUUGGCUGGCCGGAAGUUUUCCGUCGCCGGUGGCGGAAAUCUAACGAUUAUUCCUCUGCAUCUUUGUUUUAUUUAACAUUAUUCAUUUGUGUUUUAUAACUAAAAAGACCAUUAAUGUUUUAUUUACUUUAGGUUAAACUUACAAAAUCUUUAUCACUUUUGCAUCUGUAAUAUAAGUUUUGUUAUAAUGUUGAAGAUGAUGUGAGUGGACCUAUCCCACCCACAUGAUUAUUAUAAUUGUUAACUAAUAAAUUUUUAUGAAGAAAAAACGUGAAUUAAUCAUGUUGUAAGUAUAAUAUUGAAAGUCAAUUGGAUUAUUAAAACUCCCUCAAUGUUGUAAGUAUAAUAUUGAAAGUCAAUUGUAUAACUAAAACUCCGUCAAAAUUGAAAUUUGGCUUUACCAUAUAGUUUUGAUUUUUUUAACAUACUAUACCCCGCUCUUUGUUCCCGCCCCCAAUUCCGCUUUCCCUCCCUCAAAUAAACAAAACCCUAGUUUUUUAUUCUUCAGCCGCAUCACAUCCAAUCCAUCGACUCUAUUUUCAUCUUCAUCUUACUUCUCCAUCUGAUCAUCGCAUAGAAGAUAGAACCCUACCAUCGCAGGCUAUCAGACCAUUGAAUACUACCACGUCAAAUCGAACUGGGAACCAGCGUUUUUAUGACAUUGAUGCAUGUCGUAGGCGUUUUGUAAUGACUCGGCUUGGUGACCUGCUUCGAAAUUUUAGAAGAAAAGUGUAUGCGGGAUACAUAGUACCUAACUUAGGUAAACCAAAGAAACUUGCACGAAUUCCUAAGAGGUAUCGUUCAAUGGUUGAGCAAACAGACUGGGACAAGUUUGUAACAUAUACACAAUCAGACGAGUUUAAGGAUGUGUCAAAUAAGAGAAAAACAGCACGAUCAAAAUACGUUUAUGAACAUCACUUGGGACGAGGAGGGUAUGCUUAUCUAAGAGACAAACUGGUACAAAAUAACGAACUUUCAGUUGAUGAGAUCCCCUCUCGUGCUUUAAUGUGGAGGAAAGCAAGGGAAAACAAAAACGGAGAAUACAAGAAUGUUGAUGUAAAAGACAUGGCUAAAAAAAUAAUUGACACUGAAACGCAAAUUAAAGAUGGAUCCGUGAACCUUGAUCCGGGCACAGAUGCACUCACAUUAGUAUUUGGCAAAGAAAAAGGUGGGUAUUUAAAAGGUGUUGGUUAUGGAGUGACUUCUAGUAGAUAUUGGCAGAGUCCUCGAACAAAAGGAUCAUCAAAAGAACGAAUUGCACAACUAGAGUUUCAACUACAUAACGAGAGACUUGAGCGUGGGAAAAAAGAUGAACAAAUUAAGACCCUUUCGAUGCAGAUGGCAGAAACAAAUAACACACUUAAUCAAGUUUUAGCUCAUCUGGCUGCACAAGGACAAACUUUACAAAUAUGUUCAUUAUCUGCAGACAAAAUGUCACAAACACAAGUAAAUUCUUUGGAUAAACAUGAUGGAUCAAAGCAUAAGGCCAAUGCUACCGCAUCUAAAAUAGUGCAAAAAGAAAUGGCACCAACGGUAAAAUCUAUGAACAAUAGUACUGGAUCAAAGGACAAUACUAAUGUUACCACAUCUAACAUAUCAAGUAAAGUAGUGCAAACAGAAGUCACUUCUCAUGCUAACACUUCUAAAAUGGUGCAAAAAGAAAUGAUAACGGAAAAUGUGAAAACUAGAAAAAAAGAUGUUUUGUCUACGCAAGAGACUUCACUUCUUGGGACAUCAUCGCAGUUGGAAUCACAAGAAAAUAUACAUAAUACACAUUCAACAAAUGUCCUAGAGAUCAAGUGUACUCUAUAUACUAUAAAUAUGAACAACUGUGUGGCUUAUGGUACAAUUCAUUUGUCAACGGGAAAACAAAGCAUUCAUGGAGUUCCACUACAAGAUAAUUGCUAUAGAGUUUCUAUUGAUAAAGUUGUAAAAGAAGCAGCAUUUUUACCGGUAGAAUCAUGUGAGGUCAAAACAGUUGGGGAUGCACUAAAUACUUUUGUUGCUUGGCCAAAAUACCUUGUCAAAACUAGCCAAAAGAUACCAAAUCUAUCAAGCAUUCAAAUACAAAACUCUACAACUCAAGUCGCUAAAAAGCAAAAGAUAUGUUUUACAACGCUAGAUGGCAUCAAAAAACAGGGAGCAAGAAGAACAAGAAAAACACUUUAAACGAGUACUUAUUUUAUGUUUACAAUCAUUUCCUUUUGCAACAUUUGUAGACAGUUUUUGAUUAGAAGUUUAGUUUUUGGUAUUAUUGUGCACAGAUUUUGGUUUAUUAAUUUUAAUAUUAUUUGGUUUUAGAUUU